AAAACAAUCGCGAAUGAAACCUCGUCCCUCGCCACUUUUAUCUCGCGAAAUGUCGACCAAAGUUGAACGCGAAGUCGCGCACUGGCUCGCAACCGCUCUAAAAUCGCAAAACUUGUCAAAUUUUUCGGUCAAACUCGUGGGAAAUUCGGGCAAAGGCGACGGUUUCGUCGGCGAUGUGCUCUUCGUGCACCUCUCAACUCCUCACCAACGCCACAAUCUCGUGCUAAAAUGCAGCAAACGCAGCGAGGCUUUGAAAAAAUUCCCAUCAAUCGAGAGGAUUUUCAUCAACGAAACCUUCCUCUACGAGACCCUCCUACCCACUUUCAUCGACUUUCAGAAGGAGAAAAACUUGGCGGAAAUUUUCGACAGUGUGCCUAAAUUUCACGGAAGCUACAAGAGUGAAAGUGUGCACGUUAUAGUUCUUGAAGAUUUGAAAAAACUGGGGUUUGAAUUGUGGCCAGUGACGAAACCACUCAAUCGGGACCACAUCGAGUUUGUGAUCUGCGAGUAUGGGAAAUUUCACGCGACUUCAGUGGCCCUCAAAACACUGCAGCCUGAAAACUUCCACCAACUUGUGGACACAAUUAGGGAAAAUAUAGACGCUGUUGUCCACACAUCGUUGAAAAAUUUGAUGACGCGAAUUGUGCACAACUCAGCAGAGCUGCUCCAAGGCGAACUCGACCAAAAUCUCAUCCAACGGUUCGCAGAUUUGGCCGAAAAAACCGACCAAAUUUUACGGGAUCUCGAAAGCGAGCAGCGGUUGCGAGUCGUGUGCCAUGGGGACUGCUGGAGCAACAACUUCAUGUACAAAUAUUACGGUGAGAGAAGAAAUGUUCCUGCUAAAGUUGCACUGAUUGACUGGCAAAUCGCGAACUAUGCAACGCCCGUCUCCGACUUGUCCUAUUUCCUCUUCAGUUGCCUCUCGGAGGAGGAUUUCGAGCACUUGGACGAUAUUUUGAGCGUUUAUCGUCUGGCGUUUUCGAAUCAUUUGAGAGACUUUGGUUUGGAUUCGGAAAAAUUGUACCCGUGUGAGCAGUUUACGGACGAUUGGAGAACUUGUAGUGGGUUUGGGCUCAUUAUGGCCACAAUGGUCACGAAGGCUUCGUACAUUGAGAAGGAUGAGAUUGUGGGGAUUGAUGAGGUGGCAGAACAGGGAAAAACUUUGGCUGAUAGUUUCCUGUCCGAGAUUAGGGAUAAGGAAGGGUACAGGAAGCGGAUUGGCUAUCUCGUGAAAAAUGCCGCCAAGUAUGGAUUGAUUUAGAUUUGUUAUUGGUCACUAGGGUUCGGAAAUAUGCAUUUAAAAAAUUCUAAAAUAAUAUAUAACAAUUCGUUAGU